CCGCAAGCAAUCAAGGAAGCAAACAAGUCAUGGGUGCGGUGUUAUUUUUUUAAUGAUUUAAAAAUGAAAAUAUAAUAAUGAUAUGUUUGGAUUGGUUGGUGCCGUUGUUCCAAUGAAAAGGAAGUAGUUGUGGCUCUUCGUUUCAAGUAUCUCUCUUGGGAUUGCCAUAUGUCUGCCCUUCCUCACACUAAGGUUUUUUGUUUUUGUUUUAAUUUUGUCUCCUCCAUUUCUUGUUUCUCCACAUCUCUUUCUCACUUAGGCUCUCUCCCCUUCUUUCCUUUAAUCUUCUUUCUUUACUGGUUAGUUUUCCGUUUUUCACUCUUAUUACUCCCUACCUUAGCUUCCUUGCACUGAGUACCCACCACUUUCUUUCAGUUGAGCAGUUCUCGAAAUCUAUAGAAAUGUAUCCCAACCAAGCAUUCUCUUCAGGAUCCUAUGCUGAGAUGUUGUCUGGGAAUCCUUUAUUGUCUCAUAACUACAACAAUAAUGGAUCCGUUGGAGCACCAAACAUGGUUGAUCCAGCAUGUAAUUCUUUUGUAGGAGGUGAACAAAAUGUACAUGGCCAAGGGUUAUCUCUUAGUCUAGGUACAUCUGUUUCUUCCUUUCAAUACCAGUAUGAUGGAACUACUGCUGCUGCUGAAUGCAUGGUAUCUUUAUCUUCUGGAGGCUUUCAUGAAAGUGCCAAAAGAGAGGGUUUGUACAAUUCCAAUAACUCUGAUCCAUGCAUUCAAGGAUCAUUCUCAAACGGUGUAUUGAACUCACACUAUCUUAAGGCAGCACAGGAGUUACUUGAUGAAAUAGUUGGUGUCCGAAAGGCUUUGUUGAAGCAACCUGGAAUGGAGAAACAAGAAAAGUUCAAUAAUGGCAUUGAUGGUGGCUCCAAGGAUUCUGAUGGAAAAUGUAACAGUCAAUCUCUGCAAAAUAAUGUCAAACCUCCUAAUGAAUUAUCAGCCGAAGAACGCCAGAGUUUAUUAGAAAAGAAGACAAAGCUUCUGACCUUGUUGGAUGAGGUGGAUAAGAAAUACAGACAGUACUGUCAUCAGAUGCAGAUUGUGGUGUCAUCUUUCGACAUGGU